CUACUUCUGCAGCUGGUAAUGCACUGCAUCUCACUGUCUGAUUGGAAUUGAUUGAUUGUCUACGGAGUAUUGCAUCGACGGAUACUCCGAUCUCGCUGACCCAUUCAAACUUCCGUGUCGAUCAACUGUCUUCUCUCUUCACUCGUCCUGCCUUCACCAUCCUCCCCCGAAUAUAAUCCAGCCCACCAGCCAAUCCUUGUACUCUGCUAGACAACCUGCUUAUCUUGAACUGAUCUCUCCGUUGAAAGUGGUGUUUCUGGUUUUAGACUCAGCAGUUUCUCGGGGUCGUAACUGCUGUGAUCACCAUGAAGGCGACCCCGUUGCUCAUUUCAUGGCACAACGACAAUGCCCCAAUCUACUCUGUUCACUUUGAUCCCAAUGGCAAGGGUCGUUUAGCUACUGCUGGAAAUGAUAACAAUGUCAGAGUAUGGCCUCCCCGUCCGCUCCCUCCCCCGCUCGAUCACAAACCGUCUUCGGCCCCUUCUUUCUGACGUAUCUAUAGCUUUGGAGAGUGGAAGCUACUGGAGAGGAGCGAAAAGUGUCAUAUCUAAGCACACUUGUGAAACAUACCCAAGCCGUGAACGUGGUCCGGUUCAGUCCAAAAGGCGAGAUGCUGGCAUCUGCUGGGGACGAUGGCAAUGUCCUACUCUGGGUACCCUCGGAACUGCAAACACAGUCUGGUUUGGGAGAAGAUCGGUCAGAUGACAAGGAAACCUGGCGAGUCAAGCAUAUGUGCCGGUCAUCCGGUGCAGAGAUAUACGAUCUUGCCUGGUCUCCAGACGGCGUCUUUUUCAUAACCGGAAGCAUGGAUAAUAUUGCUCGGAUUUACAAUGCCCAAACUGGCCAAAUGGUGCGGCAGAUUGCAGAGCACUCUCACUAUGUUCAAGGUGUAGCCUGGGACCCUCUCAAUGAGUUUGUCGCUACUCAAUCUUCAGAUCGAUCUGUCCACAUCUAUAGCUUGAAGACGAAGGACGGCCAGUUCACGCUUACCUCUCAUGGGAAGUUCCUGAGAAUGGACCUGCCGGCGAGACGCAUCCCUUCGACAAGUCCUGCUCCCCCUGAUCUCAGCGGUCGAGCUCAGCCGGCGACCAGCAAUCCAAUUGCUAUCUCUCCAGUCCCUUCAACUCCUGGGACGCCGUUGGCGUCGAAUCUGCCCAUGGAUCCUCCUCCAGUGUCCCAUAGCCGUCGCUCGUCGUUUGGCUCUUCGCCAUCUAUCCGUCGUUCGGCUUCACCGGUACCUUCUCUGCCAUUGCCUGCGGUCAAACCGAUUGAAAUGCCGUCUCCAAGCGUUCUUGCCGGACUAGGUGUUAAGAAUUCCAACAUAUAUGCCAAUGAGACUUUAACAUCAUUUUUCAGGAGACUGACCUUUACUCCUGAUGGAAGCCUAUUAUUUACACCCGCAGGUCAGUAUAAAACCUCUCACGUAUCUGCAGCCGAUCCAGCGAAGACUACCGAUGAGAUAACAAAUACGGUCUAUAUCUACACCCGUGCUGGCUUUAAUAAGCCGCCAAUCUCCCAUCUGCCUGGCCACAAGAAACCAUCAGUUGCUGUGAAGUGCUCCCCAGUUUUUUACACCUUAAAGCAAGGGGUAAAGCCUGCCAAUCAUAUCGUUUUGGAUACCUCUUCUGGUGAAGAUGCGUUCCCAUCCCUCCCAGAUUCCGUAGUUUCGUCGAGUACAAACCCCUCUAUGGAACCUCCAUCGUCGAUGUCUGCCACGAAUGACGCGUCAAAGCCUCCACCAUCCAAGAGUGCCACCAACGAAGGAACGACUUCUGGCCAGGGUUCUCCUACAUUUGCACUGCCGUAUCGGAUUGUGUAUGCCGUUGCUACCCAGGAUGCCGUCUAUGUUUAUGAUACCCAGCAACAGACUCCACUAUGUGUCGUGAGCAAUUUACAUUUUGCUACCUUCACUGAUUUGACUUGGUCGAACGACGGAUUGACCUUGAUAAUGAGCUCAUCUGAUGGCUUUUGUUCCACCCUUUCAUUUUCACCUGGCGAGUUGGGGCAACCGUAUACAGGACCCACGUCGACACCUCAUACCCAUGCUGUGUCUUCUGCAUCGUCUACAAACAAUAACCCCCUUCCGACGCCGACACAUCAAUCCCCAAUCAAGUCAACCUCGACAUUGGCGAGUCCAGUCCCCAGCCAACCCAGUUCUGUAGCUCCGGCGAGACCAGCAACCCCAGCACGGACGAACUCGGCAGCGUCGGUUGCCACUUCAGCUUCCGCCCAUCCUUCAGCUACUGUGGUUAACAAUCCCACUCCUAUUCUCGGUUCUGUGCCACUGGUGACUGCUAUCAAUUCUUCUCAACCUCCGGCUCUUCCAAUUACUUCGCCGCCGCAGACGCCCAUGUCAGCCGUUUCCCAAAGCAAGACAAGUUCUGUUAGUGGCAGUGUUUUGGGUAAGCGAGAUAUGCAGACGGCCAGUGAGUCGGAGAAAGAGGAAACCAAGAAUAAUCAGGGUACGACUGUGACACUGCAACAGCCGAAAAAGAGGCGGAUAGCGCCAACGCUUAUUUCGACAAAUGAUACUUCGAAGGCCUCUGACAGACCCGAUGGCGGUGGCUAGAUUUGUUGUCGCUCCCUUCUAUCAAAGUAAAAAAGCUACUUUUUUCUGUUGUUUCACAUCUGUUUUCUGAUUUUCGCAGUUUGAUGUAAGACCCACCGCAGGGCGAUCUGGGUACUUAGAUAUGUUGAUGGUCUCUAAUUCUCCAUCAUCCUUUUUUUUCGCCCCCUACCUCGCCUCUUUUUCUCUUCUUCGUGCGUUAGUGGGAGGUUCGACAAUUACUGGGAAGGGUUGGUAUAACUCUUUAGUCUACUGUCUCUCUCUCCCUUGAUGCAAAAUCCUCGAUAUUAAUGACUUGUGACUUGUUUCUUUUUUCUACAUUCCCAUGUUUGGGUGGCAACUUGAUCCAGGUCUUCUCUUUCUGUAUUUACAAACAUCUGCUAUAGUCUUGUCUUGUUCUAAGCGUUUGGAAGUUGGAUUGGGAAGUGAAGUUUAUAAUGAUUGAUUGAUUGAUUGAUCAAUUGGUCGAUUGCAAUGUCAAUGUUGAUUAGGUACGGUAUAAGAUCCGCUGAUAAAUUUUCUUUUUCAUUGUAUUACGUCUGUUCUAUGUUCAUGCUAAUGUUGGCGAGUCAGCCAAAGAGGAAAUACCAUGACAUUUCCUCCAGCUUGCACCACACCUAUGGACCGUCAACAAUUAACAAUUUUUCUCUAGGAAAAUAAAAGGUAGAAUCAUCCUGAUCCUAUGAGCUCUUAAUGCCUUUCUUUUUCCUUGUUGGUUUAACGCUCUAUGUUUCUUUUAAUUAAUAUAUGAAGAAAUAAG